GGGUCCGAGCGGGCUCGCCGCCAACGCGGUCACGUGCGCGGCCCCUCCCCGCGCGCCCGCCUCCCCCGCGCGCCGCGCUCUCCAUUCAUAAAUUCUUCGCCUGCUCCGCGGCCGCCGGGUGCCCGAGCCAGCCGGGAGCGCCGCGCAGCCGCCCGCCCGCCGCCCAUGGGCCGCGCGCCCCGGCGCUAAGGCCUCUCCUCCUAGCCUGGAAAUGCAGCCCACGGCCACCAUGGCCACAGCCGCCACCACCAUCGCCACAGCCGCCCUGAGCACGACCUGGGACAACGCCACCAGCCGCCCCACCGCGGAGCCUGACCCCAUCCUGGACAACUACGUGCUGCUGGUGGUGGUCAUGUCGCUGUUCGUGGGGGGCACGCUCGUGGUGCUGUCGGGCGUGCUGCUGCUGUGCAGGCGCUGCUGGGACGUGCACCGGCGCCUGGACAGAGCCAUGGAGGAGGCAGAGAAGACCACCACCACCUACCUGGACAACGGGGCUCACCCCACCCCAGACCCCGACUUCAGGGGGGAGGACCCUGAGGGCCAAGAUGCCGAGACCGAGCGCUUCCUGUCCACCGGCUCCACCGGCCGCCGUGUGUCCUUCAAUGAGGCGGCUCUGUUUGAGCAGAGCCGGAAGACGCAUGACAAGGGCCGCCGGUACACCCUGACGGAGGGGGACUUCCACCACCUGAAGAACGCCCGCCUCACCCACCUGCACCUGCCUCCACUCAAGAUCGUCACCAUCCACGAGUGUGACUCGGGUGAGGCCAGCGUGGCCACCCCACCCCACCCCAUGGCCACUCCCAAGGCUAGCCUCGCCAUAUUCCAGCCCGCGGGGAAGGCCCUCACCGGCCACUCCGUGGGCCCCAGCUCCGCCCUGCCAGGUGAUCCCUACAACUCGGCUGCCGGCCCUGCCGACUUUGAGAUCAGCCCCUCGGCAUCCAGUGACUCUGGGGAAGGCACCUCGCUGGACGCGGCUGCUCAGAGCGCCAAGGCCGGCGGGCCGGGGGCCGCAGCGGGGCCGGGGGAGACGAGCCCAGGCUCCGGGGCGGGCCCCGUCCUGCAGUUCUUCACCCGCCUGCGGCGCCAUGCCAGCCUGGACGGGGCGAGCCCAUACUUCAGGGUCAAAAAGUGGAAGCUGGAGCCCAGCCAGCGAGCAUCCAGUCUGGACACGAGAGGCUCCCCCAAACGACACCACUUCCAGAGGCAGCGGGCAGCGAGCGAGAGCACAGAGCAGGAGGACGGGGACGCCCCCCUGGGGGACUUCAUCCAAUACAUCGCCAGCGCAGGCGACGCUGUGGCCUUCCCACCCCCCCGCCCCUUUCUGGCCAGCCCCACCAGCCCGCCCCCCGCUCUCGGCAGGUUAGAGGCGGCGGAGGAGGCGGGCGCCGCGGGAGGAGUGAGCCCCGAGUCUCCCCCGGAGCGCAGCGGCGGCAGCGCGGGGCCUGAGCAGCAGCAGCUGCAGGAGUCAGACGGUGAGCGGGAGGCGGGGCCGGAGCAAGCCCAGACCAUCUACCACGACAUCUGGAGCCUGCGCGCGUCGCUCGAGCUGCACGCGGCCGCCGCCUCGGACCACAGCAGCAGCGGCAAUGACCGAGACUCGGUGCGCAGCGGCGACAGCUCGGGCUCGGGCUCCGGGGGCGCGGCGCCCACCUUCCCGCCGCCUUCCCCGCCGCCCACGCCGCGGCCUGCGGACGGCGAGGCAGGCGGGCCGCGCAAGCUGCUGCAGAUGGACAGCGGCUACGCCAGCAUCGAGGGCCGCGGCGCGGGCGACGACGGGCCGCCCAGCGCCUCCGAGAAGCGCUCCUCCUUCACCAGCGCCGGCCGCGUGGCCACCGUGGGCGGUAGCUUCGAGGUGGCCGCGACUUCUGCCCUCGAGGUGCCCCCCGAGGCGCCUGCCAGGCCCCGCAGCCCGCGCGCCUGGCCCCGCCGCGCCCCUCGCCGCGACUACAGCAUCGACGAGAAGACGGACGCGCUCUUCCACGAGUUCCUGCGCCACGACCCGCACUUCGACGACGCGCCCCCCGCCGCCGUGCGCCACCGCGCACGCGCGCACCCGCACGCCCACCCGCACCCGCACGCGCGCAAACAGUGGACGCAGCGCGGCCGGCAGCACAGCGACCCCGGCUCGCGCGCUGCGACCCCCGGCCCGCCCGGCGCCGACCCCCGGCCCGUGCGCGCGCCCCUGCGCCGGGGAGACAGCGUCGACUGCCCGCCCGAUGGCCGCGCGGACGACCAGGCCACCCCCGCCAUCCCCGCCAUCGAAGAGGAGCCCGGUGGUGGCUGCCCUGGCUCGGGCCUGUGCACCGGACCCCCGGGCGCGCUGCUGGACAAGCUGGCGGUCGGCUUCGAAGACAGACUCUUCCCACCGCGCCUCAUGCAGCCCGUCGCCGCGUACCCCGUGCUGGCCACCGCCGCGUCCACGUCCCCCGACCACAGCCCGGCCUAA